GCCACAGAGUGAGAGCUGGAGCUCACAUCAGCCCUGGUAACUUGUGGACUGUCAGUAAUUAAACUGCAAACUGUAUCAAUAUUCAUUAUCAGUAGGAAUCCAUCAGUCUGUUUUCUUGGAUCAAAAUGAAGAUGCUCUUCAGUUAUGAUUCACUGUGUUUGUUCCUUUUAGUCCUGAUGCAAGUGACUUUUAACUCAUCCCAGGAAGUCAGUGGAAUGCCUGGACAGAAUGUGACUGUGCCAUGCAGAUACUCUGUUGAGGAUGGUGUCAUGGAAAUGUGCUGGGGUCGAGGAGACUGUCCUACUUCUAAGUGCACUAAAACAAUCAUUUCAAGUGAUGGAAACAGAGUGAACAGUGAAAAAUUAGAUAAGUAUGGUUUAUUUGGUAAUUUACAGCAAGGCGAUGUCUCUCUGACUAUACUACACGCCAGUGAAGAAGACAGUGGGACAUACUGCUGCCGUGUGGAAAUACCAGGAUGGUUUAACGACCUGAAAAAUAAUAUACAGCUAAUUAUUGGAAAAGCUCCUGCAUCAACCACAUCUAAACCAGUCACAACUGCUCAACGGGCUGACACUGUGAACACUUCGAAAGGUCAAAUAACCGCAAGCUUUUGGAAUGAUACUAAUUCUACAUCAAAUCACAUUACAUCUUCACAUUCCAAUUCCACACAAAUGACCACGGCUCAAAGUAAAGCUCCUAUUGCGAUUGGGGGAUCAGUUAUGUUUCUCCUGCUUUUAUUGACUGUUUUGUGUUUCCUCUUCAUUUUUAAAAAUAAAUGUCUGCAAAAAUGUCAAAAACUAGCGUCCAAAACCAUCCAGGAACUGCAAAUCAGAGCAACCGUGGAUGAGAACAUUUACAUCAUCAGAGACCAAAGCGAUUAUCAACAGUGCCACUAAUGGUAGGAAAAGAAGAAGCAGGAUACCAGGAAGUCUUCAGUUUCCAUGGGUUUAUGUUCCAUUAAUGUUAACAAUGCAAGAAGAAUGACUCCUUUUUCAUUUUUAUUAUGUACUAAUAUAAACCUCUAAUGUAUUUUUUACUUCUUUCUAAAUAGCUAUCAUUUUUUUGAAGCAUUCUAUUCCUGUUCUAUAGCUUUUGUAUUAUAAUAAAAUAGAUAUGCCACUGUUUACCUUUUCACUGCUCAUGUGUAAAUUCAAUACAUGGGGAUGUUUCUCACUGCCAUGUUGCUCUUUGUUUAAAAAUCAAAAAUCCAUUUUAAAUUGAUAUAUUGCUGUCUGUUAUUGCUUUCAUUCUAAAAUACAUGUAUUAACUGAGACUAUUUUAAUAUUCUUUCAAUAUGGUUUUAUAUAUACAGUGCCUAUAAAAAGUCUACACCCC